CUUGUGUUUGUUGCAUCCGGUGAAGGCGUACGCUCGUGGUCAUGGUGUUUAACAGCUGUCGAUGUCUCAGGAACCGAGGUGACGGCUGCUUUUUGCGACGGUGCAUUUUCCGAGGAAAUGUCAUCAUUACGCUUCCACCCCACGCACAGCGCGUGAGCCGGAAUACGCUCCUUGCUACGUGUCAACCCCUCGUUGGUUCCCCCAUCGGUGCUUCUCCUAUAAAUGCCGGGUUUUCCCUCUGGAUUAGGGUUCCCAAUUUCUGCUCCCUUGCUCUAGAAUCUCCGCUGCUCCUCGAGUUCUUUCCCCCGCUUCCGAGUUCGGCUAAUCUCCUUAUAAGGUAAUUUUCCUCCUCUGCUUCUUUUAUCUGUCUUGAUUUCUCGCCAAAAUGACCUCGAUGGAGAUCUCGUCAAGUUCUGAUUCCGGUUCGUCGGGUUCCUCUUCAGGAUCCUCUUCCGACUCCGGUGCGCGCUCCUCUGGGAAGGCCAGUGUUUCCGGGACUUCUGGUUCGGCCACGACUGUGGGGACCAUCCGGGCCGAUGGUGAGCUCGAUGACGCUUCCCAAGGUAGCGGGAGCAACGCCGGGGAUGGGAAUGUUGACGGGGCAGUAGAUAUUAUUGAUGCAGUUCCCCUGAAUGAGCGCCCUGCUGACUAUGAUUCUGGGGAAGAGGCCGAAUCCGGCUCUGACAUGGAGGUGCAUGAUCUGGGCAUCCCUAUGGACAUGGAGCGCCACAUCUGUCCGAUCAGGAGCGCCCUCGACCAUGAUCAAGUCCUCUCCCGUGUGGCUCUCAACAAAAUCCGCACUUUCUUCCCCCCGCCGUUCGUCUGGAGCGUGAGAGGCGCUGAGCAUGUGAUGAGGAGACGUCUGGGGAUGAUUAUGCUCCAUUUGGACUCCGUUGAAGCCGGGCUGCGGUUUCCACUCCAUUCAUUCUAUGUGGAGUUCUUCCACUGCUUCCAGGUGGCCCCGGCGCAAUUCAUGCCAAAUUCUUAUAGGUUCAUAUCAGCCUUCCUGGUGCACUGUAAACUUGCGGGAGCCACUGCUACUUUGGACCUGUUCCACUACUUCUAUCGCAGUACUCCCCAGAACUCCGACGGUUACCUGAGCGUGGCCGCACGUCCAGGAAGGAGGCUGUUCAUGAGCUAUCCUUCGUCUAUCCACGAUUGGAAGAAUCGCUUCUUCUUCCUUCGAUACGACGGCCCUCCUCUCCCGGUUCGGUGGAACGGCUAUCCCCCCAAGAUUGAGUCACCGGAGCUGACCGACGACCUGAGCGGGGACGUGGAGAAGUUGUUGCAGGGCGGCAUCUGCCCUAUUGCCGGCUACCUGACCUUCGAGGCACUCUCCGGGGCAGGCAUAGGUUCUCCACCAGACGAAGCCCAGAUGAAUCAUGCUGAAUGCUUGAAGACCAGGAAGGCCAAGGCGGCUGCUGCUAAGGCCGCGUUGGCCAAAGCCAAGAAUGCCCCUGCCUCAGACUCCAACUCUUCGGCUUCCGAUGCUGCCCGGCGAACGGUUGAGGGUGAGCAGCACUUGAUUGCCACCAUGCUGGCCCAAGGGUCCGGGGGCCCCGCUCUCGAGGCUGCCCUUCCACCGCCGGUCGUCUCCACGAAGGCGGCUUCUCAGAAGGGGAUAGAGAAGGCCCCAGAGAAAAAACAAAAGAGGGGCCGUGGGGCAGCCUCCACUGGCCCUCUGCUUGAAGACGCCGGCUCCCUGCCCCUGAGCCGCCCGGCGGAGGAGCUUUGGAGGGAGAUAGCCCUCAAAGCCGGUCUCGAGCUGCCCCCCCGUUCGUCUUCUGAGGCGACCAGCGCUGCUCUGGCAGCUGCUCUUCAGUCUGGACUUCUGGUGCUGCAGGCUGAGGCCGCUAGGGAGGCUGGUCUGAAAGAGGCCAAGGUAAAAGCCGAUGCCGCUUUGUCCCAAGCCCGGGAAGCCGCCCGUCGUGCCGAGGCAGAGGCCACGGCCAAGGAGAAGGAGCUCGCAGCUCUGCGGGCUGAAUCCCGCAGCCAGCUUGCCGGCCUUGAGGGAGCUGGCUUCAAACUUGUCCCGGUGCUCCCUGUUGAGAAGGACGCCAAUCCGGAUUGGCUGGUUGACACCUCCGGCUACAAGAACACUGGGGAGUUCAUGGACUCUGCCAGAGACUACUGCGCCGGGGCCUUCGGCGACGUGUUUUCUGCGGCUCUGGUGAAGAUACCGCCCCGACAGCGCCUGGCCUGCGGCGUCCGGAUCCUCGAGAGCUCUCCUCUGUCUCACAAGUUCCUUUACGAGGUCGGCGACAACACCUUUGCCGCCGGAUAUAAUGAGGGAGUUAAGGCCACUCUCCCCAUAUUCGCCAAGCUGCAGGGGGCUGAUUUUGAUUUGGCCGCAAAUACCGACGACGACCUGCUGAUCCAGGCUUUGGGGAAGCUAGGGAGGGACCGGUGCAGGGAAGAGGCCAAGGCCAGGGGAGAGAUCCCGGAACCGCCGACCCCCGAGCCUGAAGUCGAAGAGGAAGAGCUGAACCAGGGAGGCAGCCGGCCGGGGUCCCCUUUCCUCGUAUAAUACACUUGUAAUUUCCUUGUUUUGAACUUGUAAUGCCCAGCCGUUAGAGCUUAAGAAUAUACACACUUUUUGCCCAUAAUUGUCUCUACGUUCGUG